CUCUUGGCGCCGCCAACUUCCAACGGCUGGCUCAUGGCAAUGCCAGCAACGUCGCAGAAUGACUUGGAGUGUGAAGAACCAAUCUGAACAAGCAUGAGUUCAUGAUAUUCACAUCUCACUACCACUGCUUUAAUUCUCGAUUCCCUGCGUUUCACAGGUAUCAAGCCCUACUCUUCACCCCAUACCCCGCUCCGGUUGCGGGCAUUCGAAUCGGGCUUCCCUUUGUUAUUCAAGUUCGGUUGAGAAGCACUGCGUAUCCAGACUCUCGGUCGUUCAAUCUUCAUUGCCUUGCGACUCAGUAACAAAAAGGAUCAAUAUGGAGUCUCUCAAGGCUGUUUUCUUUGGGCCAGACCCUCAGACGCAGAUGCGAAAGUGUAACCAACUUAUCCGUUCAAACACCCGCCAGCUGGAUCGCGAUAUCAUGCAGCUCAAAACUCUCGAUACCAAAACGCGACAGACCAUCGUCAGUGCCUCGAAGCGGGCCCAGAAGAAUCCGUCCCGUGCGAAACAGGCCAACAUCGAAGCCAAAACACUGGCGCGUGAGCUUGUUCGAGUUAGAAGGCAGGCGAACCGAUUAUCAACUAGCCGGGCUCAGUUACAAAGUGUCCAGAUGCAGGUCAACGAAGCCUUCUCCAUGCGAAAGAUCCAGGGCAGUCUACAAAAGUCGACGGGUAUCAUGAAGGACGUUAAUACAUUGAUCCGUCUUCCGCAGCUGUCAGCAACGAUGCACCAGCUGGCCACUGAGUUGGUCCGCGCCGGGAUUAUCGAGGAAAUGGUGGACGACGCUAUCCCGAAUAACGAACUACUCGAGGAUGAGGAGACAGAAGCCGACGAGGAGGUCGAUAAGAUUUUGCAGGAAAUUUUACAGGGAAAGCUGUCCCAGGUGGAGGAAGUCAAACCGGAGAAACCGCUGGAGGAACCCGAGCCGGCCGAAGAAGAGUUCGAGGACCCGGAAGCCGCUCUCGCGCAAAUGCGGGGACGUCUCGAAGCCCUAAAGAGCUGAGUUCGGUUAUCAGCGACCUUGACAUGAUGUUGCAUGGAUAUACAAGUAUUAUGGAUGUUGUCGGCUUGUCUUUUAAUUGUUUCAACGGAGUUUGGCACGGUAGAGCGUCCAUGGUUUCUUGAAGUUGGCGGCGCUGUCAUUUUGCGAUAUUCUGAUUUCAGAACUCUGCCAAACAGCUGGCCUUGGAUGCAGAAUUCUGAAAUAGACUGCGCGCCCUAUUUGCUGUUCUUUAACACUCCUUACAUACUAUACACAUCGUACGAGCUGUCUCAUAUUCAGGCCAUUAGUCGAUGGUGGGUGCUUUGCCACUACGACUUAAUAUUCAUUCCAUCCAUCACCGCUCCCGCCGAUUUUCACCUGUAGAUAUUUACGUAUUGUAACAUUCGAACUACUUCACUGCGAAAAAGCACUUGAAUCCCCAGCACUGGUUAUUGUUUGGGUGUUUG